GUAGUGCAAAGAGCUUUGCACACGUGAAUAAUUUUCUCCAUAUUGCAACAUCAAAGAACAUCUAACUGUCAAUGCAUCACCCUUAACGAGUGGUGUAGAGGAGCUGAGAUAACAAGUGUUAAAUCGUACUGUGACCAUAGGACCCCCUUGUUGAUCGCAUGACAAUGGGGGCAUGAGACCGCGGCCGGGACUGUGGGCAGUGUUGAUCAGACACACAGGGAAGACCGACAAGUUGUGUCAGCUCUCUCAUGCAGCAGACGUCAGGAUUGUAGAAGGAGCAGACGUCAGGGCUGUGACUAGAGCAGCAGACGGCGAGAUUGGGACCAGUCAGCAAACAGCUUUACAACUCCGAGACGCGGGAUUACAGGCGACAUGGACAUUAGGAUCUGAUUCUUGUACAGAGAAACUAGAUAUAUUGUAUGGAUACUUGCACCGGAGUUGUUGUUUAUCAGAUUGUUUCAGCUUUAGUGGACAAGGCAGGAGACAUUGUAGAAAGUGGGAUUGUUUCCAUGGAAGAAACUUAAAGCAGACUGAUUUGCCUGUAGGUGUAGAGGAGAUUGAGAUACAGAGUCGGAAUUCACAAACUGGUGAAAAGCUACUAACUAAAACUAGAAAUCUCAAGUUUGUUCGAAAGUUCUUAAGUAAAGAUCAGUCAUUUCUUGUGUGUUCUGGAAGGAAGAGAUAUUGUGAAACUUUUAAGUCAAGGAGCUGUUUCCACUCAUCGGCAGUAAUGGCAAAAUCCAAGUUCGAGUAUGUGAAGCAGUUUGAGCAGGAGGACAAGUGUUUGCCUAACUGCUGGAUUGUGAUCAGGAUAGACGGCAAGGGAUUCCACAGGUUUUCUGACACUCACCAUUUUGUCAAACCAAAUGAUGAGAGGUCGCUUGGUCUGAUGACCCGAGCUGCCCUAGCUGUGAUGGAAGACUUCAAGGACAUUGUCAUGGCGUACGGGCAGAGUGAUGAAUACAGCUUCGUCUUCAAGAAACACACCACGAUGUACAACCGCACCGAGGAAGGUAGCAAGAUAAUGACCAAUCUAGUCAGCCUAUUCUCGGCAGCGUUUGUGAUGAACUGGCCACGCUACUUUGCCACUCAGGAGCUUCAGUAUCCCCCAGCAUUUGACGCCAGGGUCGUCCUGUACCCUAGUGACCAGAAUCUCAAGGACUACCUCAGCUGGAGGCAGGCAGAUUGUCACAUCAACAACUUGUACAACACUGUGUUCUGGAAGCUGGUACAGGAACGCUGUCUCACACCUGCACAGUCUCAGGAAAAACUCAAGGGCACAUUAUCUAGUGACAAGAAUGAGAUUCUAUUCACCGAGUUCAAUAUCAACUACAACAACCUGCCAGAGCUCUACAGGAAAGGAACAGUAUUAAUCAGGAAAAAGGACGAAGUCUGUUCCUCCCCCACAAGGACACAGUCAGGCAUGAACUCUCUCAACCACUCAAUGUCAAAGCUGUCUACUGGAAAGAGCAAACCGCUUGUUACAACACUACACUGUGAUAUUAUAGGGGCCAAAUUUUGGGAGGAACACCCUGAAAUUCUUGACCCCAAGAAAGGAUAAAUGUCCUGUUAUCAAUUUUUGCCUUUUUAUACGCAAUAUGGAUUUUAAUAUAUUUAAGAAAUCCUAUACAUGAGAAGGAAGUUAUUUUGGAUAUUCUGAGUUAGCAAAGUAGUUUUAUGCCCAUGUAUCAGUAAUAACAUCAGUCCUAAGAGCACAGGUCUGGUGCAGAAAGAGGAAAGAAUGAACCUCAAUAAGGGGAUCUGGUCACAGAAAGGUGACGCAACUCUGCACCUGAGACCUGUGACAUACUUCGAACUCAAGGAAAUGUUAUUUACUUUCCUGAUGAUAAAACAAUGGUGAUGUUGUUUAACACACUGGGCAUGUGGGUGGUCAAAUGCCAGACAAAACUAUUGAACUUUGCAGAUUCACACAACACUUGCCAAAUACAGUCACCUUGCCAUGAGCAUUCUUUAAAGAUUAUAUUUUUACUGGUCAACAUGUGGAGUUCAAAGGAAUUAUAAACUACUCUAGAAAAGUUUAAGAACACGUACAAUCAGAAAUAACAUAGUUAAAUAGGUAAAUUAUAUUUCUGGAAGUUGAGUGGAACUAAAUGUCAGUCUGGAAUUGAAUAGCCAUGUAACAAAGAGAUCCUGCUGAGAAGGUGUUGAUAGAGCUAAACAAAUAUUUCAUUUGGAGAACCACACACUCAGGUUAGGUCUUGUCAAGGCAAUGAACAUCCAUAAAGGGAGAUAACCCAGCCAUGUGACGGCGUUACCGACUGGACAAAACAAACAAACACUUCCACUUUGUUUACAUUUAUUGUGCUUUCUUGUAAAACUGCAAUAAUACAGUGAAUGUGUUUGCUUUAGACAUGUAAAGCAAAUUAUGAUCAUGUACAUCUGUACAGCAUAGUGUUAUAUACAAAGUUAUCUAUACAGGUGAUACAUACCUAUAUACAUGAUAUUCAAAUAGCUCAACAUUUGAAUACUGCUCACCACUGAUAGGUCAACACAAGUCACAUGAGCAGCAUCUGCACCAAUGAAUGACUGGCAAGUAAAAGUCCAUGGUGUAUGUGUCCACAUUAUUGCUACUGCCACUAUCCAUUAUUUAUCUCAAACAUGGACACUGUUUCACAUGUCAAAAUCCUUCUCAUGUACGCGAGGAAAAUCUGAAUAAAGGGUUUUGAAGAGGAA